AUGACACUUACACCACAACAUUCGCCGAAUGUUAUCCUUGAAAUGAAAACAGUUCAACGCUACAUACGGCAUUAUGAGCCCAAGGAUGAUGGAAAAUGCGUUGCCACUUCUAAUGGCAAAUACCUUUGCAUUCAAACUUUCAAAAUGCCGUCAAAUUGCUGGCUAGAUGAUGGGACCACGGUUGUCUGCAUGAAACGACGUACUGAAUACAUUUAA